AAGCGACAGUUGUCAUAUUGUCAUUUUCAUUUUGUUAUGUGGACGUAUGUUGGAUAUGAAUUUAUUGUUUUCAAAAACUAUUAAUUAAAAAAAUGGGUAACGCAGACACGAAAUUAAAUUUUCGUAAAGCCGUAGUUCAAUUAACAUCGAAGUCUCAACCUAUCGAUGCAGCAGAUGAGGGUUUUUGGGAUCAAUUCUGGUCAGAGAGCGUGACAAACGUUCAAGAUGUCUUCGCUUUGGUUCCGGGAGCAGAAAUUCGCGCCUUGCGUGAAGAGUCUCCUAACAAUUUGGCUACCCUAGUUUAUAAAGCUGUUGAAAAAUUAGUAAAAAUUGUUGAUAGUAGCUGUAGAACGCAGCGUGAACAACAGACUGCUUUAAACUGUGCUCGUCUGUUAACUCGCUUGUUACCGCACAUGUUGGAGGAGCCUGAGUGGCACGGUUUCUUUUGGUCCCAACUGCCAGCUUCCGGAGAGAACGAGUCCAUCCCUCUCGCUCAGUCACUGAUCAAUGCCAUUUGCGACCUCCUCUUCUGCCCUGACUUCACAGUCGUCAGCACCAAACGAGUGGGACCAGAACGAGCUGAAGAGUUAUCCUCACUGGACAGCUGCGAGUACAUCUGGGCGGGGGGAGUCGGGUUCGCUCGCAGUCCGCCGCGGACCGCGCAGCAUGAGGCGGCUCGUGCUGAACUCUUGAGACUUCUGUUGACAUGCUUCAGUGAAACAAUAUACAAACCGGCCAACCAGGCCGCUGCACAUCACAACAAGUGGAUUGCGUACCUAACAAGCCCAGAGAACAGACACGCCCUGCCCCUCUUCACCUCUCUCCUGAAUACGGUUUGCUCGUAUGAUCCCGUCGGCCUCGGGUUGCCUUACAACCAUCUGCUGUUCGCUGACACUUUGGAACCCUUGGUGGAGGUGGCCCUGCAAGUGCUGAUAGUGACCUUGGAUCAUGACACCAGUAACGUGGUGAACGAGGAUUCAGACGAGAGGUUGCCCGACAAUUUGUUCAUCAAUUAUUUGUCCCGCAUCCAUCGCGACGAGGACUUCCAGUUCGCCCUGCGAGGGGUCACCAGGCUCCUGAACAAUCCCCUCCAGCAGACCUACCUACCCAACUCCAAUAAGAAGGUGGCGCUGCAUCAGGAGCUGCUGGUGCUGUUUUGGAAGAUGUGCGACUACAAUAAGAAGUUCAUGUACUACGUGCUAAAGAGCAGCGACGUGCUGGAGGUGCUGGUGCCCAUCCUCUACCACCUCAACGACUCCAGAGCUGAUCAGUCUCGGGUGGGUCUGAUGCACAUCGGCGUGUUCAUCCUGCUGCUGCUCUCGGGCGAGCGGAACUUCGGCGUCCGCCUGAACAAGCCGUACACGGCGACCGUGCCCAUGGACAUCCCGGUGUUCACGGGCACGCACGCCGACCUGCUGGUGGUGGUGUUCCACAAGAUCAUCACCACCGGCCACCAGAGGCUGCAGCCGCUGUUCGACUGUCUGCUCACCAUACUCGUCAACGUGUCUCCGUACCUGAAGACGCUGUCGAUGGUGUCGUCCAGCAAGCUGCUGCACCUGCUGGAGGCGUUCAGUACUCCGUGGUUCCUGUUCUCGAGACCUCACCAUCAUCACCUCGUGUUCUUCCUCCUCGAGAUGUUCAACAACAUGAUACAGUACCAAUUUGACGGUAACUCCAACCUGGUGUACACGAUAAUCCGCAAGCGCUCCGUGUUCCACUCGCUGGCCAAUCUGCCUCACGAGCACGCCGCCAUCGCUCGCUCGCUGGCCGCCGCCAAAGCCCGGGGCUCCACCGCCGGACACAAGGCGCUGCCCAGGACACGAAGUGCGGAGUCUGUGUCGGAGGCGGCCAUGGAGGGCUCCCGGCCAGCGCAGCCCGCGGAACCCGGAACACUCAACGCCACUUUACCAGAUACACCCGCCAUAGCGACGAUGACGGAGCGAGAGUCAGCUCACCCGCCGCUGACGAGACGCUCGGGAGGAGACGGAGAAGACGCUCACACUACGAAGGAGAGUCCGUGCGAGUCCGAGGCGGGCGCCGGCGAGGGCGACGGCGAGUGGCGGCCCACCGGCGAGUGGGUCUCCAGCUGGCGCACGCGGCUGCCGCUGCAGACCAUCAUGAGACUGCUGCAGGUGCUGGUGCCGCAGGUCGAGAAGAUCUGCAUCGACAAAGGUCUGACGGACGAGUCCGAGAUCCUCCGCUUCCUGCAGCACGGCACGCUGGUGGGUCUGCUGCCGGUGCCGCAUCCCAUACUCAUCAGGAAGUACCAGGCCAACGCCGGGACCGCCGCCUGGUUCAGGACAUACAUGUGGGGAGUUAUAUACAUACGGAACGUGGACCCGCCCAUAUGGUACGACACGGACGUCAAGCUGUUCGAGAUCCAGCGGGUGUGAGCCGCGGACCACUGCCUGUCACACACCCUGAGCCCGCCGCGCACACGCCUGCGCCCCGACUCCUGGGUUCCCGGCUCCGAACCAGUGAGACGUAUAGUAAUGUUUACGUUGCAGUGAUUAUCUUCAGUCGUAGUAUUCUUAGUUCAGUCCGUGGCGCGGGAGGUUCGCUCGCCGCGUUUUCGCGGAUCUUUUGAUGUAUACGUAAUUAAUUUUAUUAUAAUCAAAGCGUUUGUUAAUUUUUAAUAUUCUAAAUGUCGUUAUUAUUUUGUGACUUCGUUUCGACGCAACGUAUCUUAUGAUGGAAUACGCUUUAUGUAUUUGCUUUCGGAAAACUAAAUCUCUUUAUCUAUGAAGAAUCUGAGAUUAUAUGAGAUGACCUCGACCGGACCUUAUAAUUUCUUAUGUGAAAACAUGCCUUUAUAUCGCAUUCCAAUUUUCUAAAUCAUUGUGAAUUUACCAAAAAAAAAAAAAAAAUAUGUUAGCCUUUCGUAUCGUGAUAAGUGCACUGUCUCCGCAGCAACACAUAGUUAGUAUAAAUCUAUUUAUUUUUUACUACGUAACCUUAAUAUUGUAAUAGAUGUACUUAAUGUUAUCGAGUUGAAAUAAACGAUGUGGUGAG